AUGACCACCCUCAACAUCACAAACCCCGACGAAUUCGUCACACGAUUCAACGAAGCCCUCAACGCGCCCUCGUCGCGCCUACGGCAUAUCAUCCGCGACGUAUGCCGACUUCUCCCGGCUGCUCUCCCAAUCGUCUCUGAUUUCCUGCUCGUGAGCGAGGAGCAGGUCCCGGGGCCCGAUGACUCUGGGUCUGAUUCCGAAGUAAACGCAAACGUAGACACAGAGACAGACGAGCCCAAGGCCGCAGCCCUCAGGUCAAAGAAGAGGGCAAGGGCCAGGAUCCGGGCGCGGUAUGCGGUGUGUGUUAACUGCGAGGUUGAGUACGACGUUACGGAGAACUCGCGGGAGGAGGCUGUACAUGGUAAGGAGUACUGGGACGGUAUUGACCUCUGGGAAGAUGAGGAGAUUGACACGGAGGAGAAUCGGGAGGAUCAUCCUGAGGGGUUUGUGUAUGGGUGUUGUGGGGAGUACUAUGGGGAGGAAGGGUGUAAGGUUGGGUGGCAUGAGGAGGAGGAGAGGGCGAGGGAUCGGAAGAGGAGGAGGAUAUGA